UGAGCCAGCACUCUCCCCAGACCCUAUAAGGCCUGGGAACUGGGAGCCGAGGUGCUGCCAGCAGCUGCUCUGUUCUGAGGCACUGUGUACGGUCCAGGUGAGUCCAGCUGCGUCACUCAGUGGCAGCCGCCUCCAGCCCCGCAGGCUGCCAUCAUGUCAACUUCAGGAGAUGGGAGCAGGGGUCCCCCCAAAUCCAAAGGCAAGACCCUGAGCAGUUUCUUCGGGUCCCUGCCUGGCUUCAGCUCUGCCAGGAACCUGGUGUCCCACACUCACAGCUCCACGAAGGACGCGGAGCCAGCAGCAGACCCCACGGGGCCUACUGUUCCCCUAUCUCCAGCCAGCACUGACCCGCAGCAGAUGGCAAGAGGUACCGCAGGGCUGCUUCGGCCUUCUGAACAGACAACAGAUGGGGACAAGAACGUGGGACGCUUCAGUGCGACCAACAGCAAAGAUGCCUUCUCCUCUGGGGUGGCUGGCAUUAUGGACGCUGCAAAAGGAAUGGUCCAGGGUGGCCUGGGUGCCACCCAGUCAGCCCUUGUGGGCACUAAGGAGGCAGUGUCUGGAGGUGUCAUGGGAACAUUUGAUAUGACCAAAGGUCUUGUCAAGGGAGGUCUGGACACUUCAAAGACUGUCCUUACCAACACAAAGGACACGGUGACGACAGGACUUAUGGGAGCUGCAAACAUGGCUAAAGGGACACUUCAGACAGGCCUGGACACCACCAAGUCUGUGGUCAUGGGCACCAAGGACACGGUGACCACAGGACUCACAGGGGCUGUGAAUGUGGCCAAGGGGACAGUGCAGACAGGCCUGGACACCAGCCAGAGGGUGCUGACAGGCACGAAAGACACUGUAUGCGCUGGAGUGACUGGUGCAGUAAAUGUGGCCAAGGGCACCAUCCAGGGAGGCCUGGACACCAGCAAGAGUGUACUGAUGGGCACGAAAGACACUGUUUGUGCUGGGGCCACAGGAGCCAUUAACGUAGCCAAAGGGGCUGCCCAGGGAGGCCUGGAUACAACCAAAGCUGUGCUCACAGGCACCAAGGACACGGUGGCCACAGGACUCACAGGGGCCGUGAAUGUGGCCAAAGGGGCUGUCCAGGGAGGUCUGGACACCAGCAAGAGUGUGUUGAUGGGCACAAAAGACACUGUUUGUGCUGGGGCCACAGGAGCCAUUAACAUGGCCAAAGGGGCUACCCAGGGCGGCCUGGACACCACCAAGUCUGUGCUCCUGGGCACCAAGGACACGGUGGCCACAGGACUCACAGGGGCCAUGAACGUGGCCAAAGGGACAGUGCAGACAGGCCUGGACACCAGCCAGAGGGUGCUGACGGGCACGAAAGACACUGUGUGUGCUGGAGUUACUGGUGCAGUAAAUGUGGCCAAGGGCACCAUCCAGGGAGGCCUGGACACCAGCAAGAGUGUGCUGAUGGGCACGAAAGACACUGUUUGUGCUGGGGCCACAGGUGCCAUUAAUGUGGCCAAAGGGGCUGCCCAGGGAGGCCUGGACACCACCAAAGCUGUGCUCUUGGGCACCAAGGACACAGUGACCACAGGACUCACAGGGGCUAUGAAUGUGGCCAAAGGGACAGUGCAGACAGGCCUGGACACCAGCCAGAGGGUGCUGAUGGGCACAAAAGACACUGUUUGUGCUGGGGCCACCGGAGCCAUUAAUGUGGCCAAAAACGCUGCCCAGGGAGGACUGGACACCACCAAAUCUGUGCUUAUGGGCACCAAGGACACAGUGACCACAGGACUCACAGGGGCUAUGAAUGUGGCGAAGGGCACCAUCCAGGGAGGCCUGGACACCAGCAAGAGUGUGCUGAUGGGCACGAAAGACACUGUUUGUGCUGGGGCCACAGGAGCCAUUAAUGUAGCCAAAGGGGCUGCCCAGGGAGGACUGGACACCACCAAAGCUGUGCUAUUAGGCACCAAGGACACGGUGACCACAGGACUCACAGGGGCUGUGAAUGCGGCCAAGGGGACAGUGCAGACAGGCCUGGACACCAGCCAGAGGGUGCUGACAGGCACGAAAGACACUGUAUGUGCUGGAGUGACUGGUGCAGUAAAUGUGGCCAAGGGCACCAUCCAGGGAGGCCUGGACACCAGCAAGACUGUGCUCACGGGCACCAAGGACACGGUGGCCACAGGACUCACAGGGGCCGUGAAUGUGGCCAAAGGGGCUGUCCAGGGAGGUCUGGACACCAGCAAGAGUGUGCUGAUGGGCACGAAAGACACUGUUUGUGCUGGGGCCACAGGAGCCAUUAACAUGGCCAAAGGGGCUACCCAGGGCGGCCUGGACACCACCAAGUCUGUGCUCCUGGGCACCAAGGACACAGUGGCCACAGGACUCACAGGGGCCAUGAACGUGGCCAAGGGGACAGUGCAGACAGGCCUGGACACCAGCCAGAGGGUGCUGACGGGCACGAAAGACACUGUGUGUGCUGGAGUCACUGGAGCCAUUAACAUGGCCAAAGGGGCUGCCCAGGGAGGCCUGGAUACAACCAAAGCUGUGCUCACAGGCACCAAGGACACAGUGACCACAGGACUCACAGGGGCUAUGAAUGUGGCCAAAGGGACAGUGCAGACAGGCCUGGACACCAGCCAGAGGGUGCUGAUGGGUACGAAAGACACUGUUUGUGCCGGGGCCACCGGAGCCAUUAAUGUGGCCAAAAACGCUGCCCAGGGAGGACUGGACACCACCAAGUCUGUGCUUAUGGGCACCAAGGACACAGUGACCACAGGACUCACAGGGGCUAUGAAUGUGACAAAGGGCACCAUCCAGGGAGGCCUGGACACCAGCAAGAGUGUGUUGAUGGGCACGAAAGACACUGUUUGUGCUGGGGCCACAGGAGCCAUUAACAUGGCCAAAGGGGCUGCCCAGGGAGGCCUGGACACAACCAAAGCUGUGCUCACAGGCACCAAGGACACAGUGACCACAGGACUCACAGGGGCCGUGAACGUGGCUAAGGGGACAGUGCAGACAGGCCUGGACACGAGCAGGAAUGUGCUAAUGGGCACGAAAGACACUGUUUGUGCCGGGGCCACCGGAGCCAUUAACGUGGCCAAAGUGACUGCCCAGGGAGGAUUGGACACCACCAAAGCUGUGCUCUUGGGCACCAAGGACACAGUGACGACAGGACUCACAGGGGCCGUGAAUGUGGCCAAAGGGGCUGUCCAGGGAGGCCUGGAGACCACCAAGUCUGUGGUCAUGGGCACCAAGGACACAGUGACCACAGGACUCACAGGGGCUGUGAAUGUGGCCAAAGGGGCUGUCCAGGGAGGAUUGGACACCACCAAGGUUGUGCUCUUGGGCACCAAGGACACGGUGGCCACAGGACUCACAGGGGCCAUGAACGUGGCCAAGGGGACAGUGCAGACAGGCCUGGACACCAGCCAGAGGGUGCUGACAGGCACGAAAGACACUGUGUGCGCUGGAGUGACUGGUGCAGUAAAUGUGGCCAAGGGCACCAUCCAGGGAGGCCUGGGCACCAGCAAGAGUGUGCUGAUGGGCACGAAAGACACUGUUUGUGCUGGGGCCACAGGAGCCAUUAACAUGGCCAAAGGGGCUGCCCAGGGAGGCCUGGACACCACCAAAGCUGUGCUCACAGGCACCAAGGACACGGUGGCCACAGGACUCACAGGGGCUAUGAAUGUGGCCAAAGGGACAGUGCAGACAGGCCUGGACACCAGCCAGAGGGUGCUGAUGGGCACAAAGGACACUGUAUGCGCUGGAGUUGCAGAAGCAAUGACUGUGGCCAAAGGGGCUGCCCAUGGGGGCCUGGACACUUCAAAAGCAGCCAUCACAGGCACCAAGACUACAAUAUUGGCCGGUCUCUCAGGUGUCAUGGACAUGGCCAGAGGGACUGCGCAGACAGGCCUGGACACCACUAAGAGCGUGUUGACAGCUACCAGGUCUCUGGAGGAGUGUGGUCAGCUGGCUGCCACAGGCUUUGCUGUACUUCGUGAUGAGUUGGAGGGGCUGGGGGACAUCUUCCAGCCCAUGACAGCUGAGGAACAAGCUCAGCUGGCGGCCUCAGAGUCAGGGCCCCGGGUGGUCUCUGCUGAUGGGAAAAGCUACUUCCUCCGCUUGGGUGACCUGGCUCCCAGCUUCCGCCAGCGGGCUUUUGAACAUGCGCUGAGCCACAUACAGCACAACCAGUUUCAAGCCAGGGCUGUGCUGGCCCAGCUCCAGGAGGCCUUCCAGGUGAUGGACAUGGCCAUGGAGGCUCCAGAUGGGCAGCUGUGCUGUGACCAGAGCAUGCGCACCAUGGUGGAGGAUGCUGGUGCCCAUGAGAUGCAGGCUUCUGUGGAUCACGACAGGCUGUGCACCCUUGCCCACCAGCUCCAUUCAGCUUACAGUGGCCUGGCAGCCAGCCUGCAGGGCCUGCCAGAGGUGCAGCAGCAGGCAGGGCGGGCACGGCACAGCCUCUGCAAGCUGUAUGGCCUCGUGUCCUCAGCAGGCAUCGGCGAGCUGCAGACAGAGGAACUGGCCCAGAGUGGUGCUGGGGUUGUCCAGGCAUGGCAGGGACUGGAGGUGCUGCUGGACAGGCUGCAGCAGAGCCCCCCACUCAGCUGGCUGGUGGGACCCUUUGCCUUGAUACCUUGUGGUCAGCUGUAGGCACCUUAGGGCUGGGCGGGUGUGGUGCCCAGGGCCCUGCUGUGACCACUUCUCCAAAGCUCUGGAUUAAGCAGGUCUUCAGAAAGUGAACUCAAAACCAGCCAUUGUUCCUGCGAUUUCCAUGACUUGAUGGGCCCUCUCCUGAACCAGCUGCUAAGUCUGUUCAGACAGUGGCCACACAGCCAGAGUGAAGGAGGAGCACAGACAAACCUCGCAGGUCCUCCAGUCAUUUGUCCCCACUGGCCAGCUUUCCAUCCGUGGGGCCCUGACCCUCCCCUUCAGUACCCAUAGCUGUCUGCUAAGGGUGGUGUCACUGCACCCCAGCCCGCACUCUGGGCAGUGCAGCCACAGAUCUUAGCUAAUGACUAGGCAAUUCAGAACCUUGUUUCCCAGCACUAGACUGUACUAGAAUGCACAGCCCACCCUGAGGUAAGGUCCCACAGCCUCUUCUGACACC